UGUGAAAGCGUGACCAAACCAAAUAAAAAAAACACAAACAUUCUUAAUAAAAAAAAUUGGGAAUUAAGCAUCAUUCGUAUUUCAUGUAUGUGCCUUAGAUCUCUUAUACGUAACUGACUUCUCUUCAUCAGAUCAAACCCCACUCUCUUGGAGCUAAUCUAAAACCUCUUCGUUCGUCAACUCUUUUUUCCUUUAUUUACCUAUUUUCUCAGUAACUUCGCCCUUUUCUUUGAUUAAACCGCCAUUUUUGUCUAUAACUAUAACUCCAUCUGCUAACUUACCCAGAUUUCAAAACUAUGUUUCCUACUCGGUAAGCUACAAAAAUCUAUCAGCUUCUAGAUCUGCUUUUGGUUUUUGAAUCGAACCCAGUUGCCGAAUUGAUCAAGUUUUGAAGAUGCAAUCAAGGGUAGUCCCGUUAGAGGAGGGCAAGGACCCUGCAAUUUUGAUUAAAACGACACAACCCAAGGCGUUUCCGUUAAGGUUACUCCAGUUGUUCCUGCUCUUUUUGGCUUUAUGCAUUGCAUUUUCAGUUAUUAGUACAUAUACAAUCAAACACUUUGGAGUUAACAAUGUUAUUACCACUCUUAAACCUACUUUUCAAUCUUGUCUCGAAGAACCUAACACUCUGGACCGUUGGAUUAAAUCUCCUUCAAACGCUGCUCAUAAAAUGAACGAUGAAGAGCUUUUUUGGAGGGCUGCUUUUGUACCUAAGAUUAAGAAAUACCCUUUUAAGAGAGUUCCUAAGAUUGCAUUUAUGUUCUUGACUAAAGGGCCUUUGCCUCUUGCACCUCUCUGGGAAAAGUUUUUGAAGGGUCAUGGAGGAUUGUAUUCAAUCUAUGUUCACUCAUUGCCCACAUUUGAAGCUAAAUUUCCACCUUCAUCUGUUUUUCAUGGAAGGCAAAUCCCAAGUCAGGUUGCGGAAUGGGGUAAGAUGAGUAUUUGCGAUGCGGAAAGAAGGCUCAUUGCGAACGCCUUGCUUGAUAUCUCCAACGAAUGGUUCAUUCUACUAUCUGAAUCUUGCAUUCCUCUCUAUAAUUUCACUCUCAUCUACAACUACAUAAUGAAAUCCAAAUAUAGCUUCAUCGGUGCAUUUGACGAUCACGGUCCAUAUGGUAGAGGACGAUAUAAUGAAAACAUGGCACCGGAGGUGAAUAUUACCCAGUGGCGAAAAGGAUCGCAGUGGUUUGAAAUUAACAGAAGGCUUGCAAUCAACAUAGUGGAAGAUACUAAAUUCUAUCCAAAAUUCGAAGAAUUCUGUAAACCGAAUUGUUAUGUUGACGAACAUUAUUUCCCGACUAUGCUAACAAUUCAAGCGUCACAUCUCUUAGCAAACAGAAGCAUAACUUGGGUGGAUUGGUCGAGGGGUGGAGCUCACCCGGCUACAUUCGGAAGAGCGGAUAUUACAGAGGAUUUCUUUAGAAGACUGUAUGCAGGUCAGAACUGCAGUUUCAGCAAUCAGCCAACUUCAACAUGUUUUCUUUUUGCAAGGAAAUUUGCGCCUAGUGCUUUGGAACCUCUAUUACACGUGUCCUCCAAUGUUUUGGGAUUCUGAUAGAUCCUUAUGGAGCAAUUCUCGUUGUUAAGAGACGUGCUUUCUCACUUGUACACUUUCUUUGAUAUUAACUAUGUACAGUGAAUGUUUAGCCAGCUUAGCUUCCUGUUUCUUACAAAUUUUGUUUUAGUUGUCAAAUAUUACCACCGAUAGUGACGGAUUCAUAAAUCUUGUAAUAUGAGCUAUAUUAGCAUAUGGGUGAGGAAAGAUUUUUACACUCCAUUAUUUUUGGUAUAGACUAUAUAUGACCCUCACGUAUUCUCAUCA